AUGGAGUUGAAACGUGAGUUUCUAGCCUGGGAGCGAGAAGCAUUGAGGGGAUUUGCAAUACGUUCACGCGUUCAAAGUACAGCCGAAGAAGAGACAUCUACCUUUCAUAUGAACAAGUCAACGAAAGGGAUUAGAGGUGCACUUAACCGCACAAAACCCACUAAAAACGACCCGGGUCUAUCAGUAGUAGCUCAGUCGUUAAACGCUCAAGCGUUCAAUCGAGGAGUACUAGGUUCGAUACCGGAGAGUGACAAUCCACUAGUGUCUCCAUUUACAGUAGAGGAAAUUAACAACGCACUUAGGGCAACUAAAAAGAACAAGGCCCCAGGCCGUAAAUCAAAAGAAGUAUCUUCCCUCAAACCGGCCGCCAUUAUCGCGUACGAUUUGGAGAAAGCAUAUGACCUUGUCAACCGAGACGUACUGUGGGAAGUGAUGACAGCCAUGGGCUACCCUCCCCUUUGCUUGUCUAGGGGUAUUGACGGAAUUGAACACUACGGAAAACGCAUCCAAGUUCGUGCUAUUGAGAGAACUGCAACUGUUUAUUGGUUGGGGCCACAUCUCAAGAACCUCCUUCCACAAAUCACCCAGCCUAGGUUUAAUGCAACCCAUUCAUCGCAUCCAUACUUCACUACCUCACUUUCAACCAUCACCGAUCUACUAAAAGCUGGCAUCUUCACAUCGUCAACUGUAUCGAAUCACCGCGCCACCUACAAUCACCUGAUCGCUAACAUAGGGCAACCAGGGAGAACAGAGAUUGCGAAACCGGACCUUGACUGGGCUUCCAUCUGGCGUGUAAAAGAAUUUUGA